AUGGACAUGGAUAUCGAGAAACGGACGCUACGCAAAAUCACUUGGCGUAUUGUGCCGUUUAUCAUGAUUUUAUAUUUAAUUGCCUAUAUUGAUCGAGUCAAUAUUGGUUUUGCUGCCAUUACCAUGAAAGAAGACUUGGGCUUUACCGCUUCGAUUCUCGGUUUUGGCGCAGGAAUUUUCUUUUUGGGCUAUUUCCUCUUUGAAGUUCCCUCCAACAUUAUUUUGCACAAAGUCGGCGCUCGCAUUUGGAUUGCACGGGUCAUGGUGACUUGGGGCAUUAUUGCUGGCGGGAUGGCCUUUGUCGAAAGCUCAACCAGCUUUUAUGUUAUGCGAUUUUUACUCGGUGUCGCCGAAGCAGGCUUUUUCCCCGGCAUUAUUUUGUAUUUAAGCUACUGGUUCCCUGCACGAAACCGAGCAGGGGUAAUUGCCUUAUUUAUGGCUGCCGCCCCUAUAGCCACGGCGAUUGGUUCUCCUAUUUCAGCAGCAUUACUGGAAAUGCACGGCAUCAUGGGCUUAGCAGGUUGGCAAUGGAUGUUCCUGAUUGAAGCCAUUCCUGCGGUGAUCCUAGGCGUCGUAGUGUUUUUCUACAUGACAGAUCGACCUGAAAAAGCCGCGUGGUUAAAACCCGAUGAGCGUGAAUGGUUGGUUAAAACCAUGCAAGCAGAAGAUGCCAAUAAAGGAGGGCAACAGCAUCACAGUAUUUUACGCGGACUCGCCAAUCCACGCGUGCUUGCUCUGGCACUCAUUUAUUUCGGUACCUCCGCGGGGCUGUAUACCCUUGGCAUUUGGGCACCUCAAAUCAUUAAAGAACUGGGUGUCAGCUCAAUGACCGUCGGUCUAUUGAACGCUAUUCCUCCUAUUAUCUCUGUGGUUGCCAUGAUUCUGUGGUCUCGCCACUCCGACAAAACCAAUGAACGCACAUGGCAUGUGGCUUUGGCUUGUUUAACCGCAGCUGUGGGGCUCGCGAUUGCAGCCAGUACUGGCAGUAUGUUUGGCCUGAUUGCAGCAUUAACCAUUGUCAACGUCGGCAUCAGUUGCUCUAAACCGCCACUGUGGAGCAUGCCAACCAUGUUUUGA